GCAGGCGGCUCCCGAAAGGAGGAGAAAUAGCGGAGGCUCCGCGCAGGCAGGCCGCGUUGCGCGCCUCUCCGUCGCGGCCUCGGGAGCAGCUCCAUGGCGGGACCUGGGCCGCGCCUGGCGCCGCCGCUGCUGCUGCUGCUGCUGCUGCUGGCCCUGGGAUCGGGGCCGCUGCGCGCCUCCGAGCUCGACUGGCGCCGCUUGGAGGGGCUGACGCGGGGCAAGGUGGAGUCCUGCGGAGGAUGACGGCUGAACCGCCUGACAGAGGUGAAGGCCUUUAUCACAGAAGAUCUCCCUCUGUACCACAACCUUGUCCUGAAACACCUGGCUGGAGCGGAUCCCGAACUGGUGCUGCUCAACUUUAAGUAUGAAGAGUUGCAGAGAAUUCCAUUGGCUGAAAUGUCCCGGGAAGAGAUCAACCGGCUGGUGAAAGAGUUGGGGUUCUACCGGAAGGAGACGCGCGAUUCACCUGUUCCGGAAGAGUUCCAGCUUGCCCCCGCGAAGCCUCUGCCUGCCUCAGAAGAAUCCCAGAGAGAACAGGCGGCAGAGAGGAAAGGGGCGAAGGGCAGCGAACUGUAAAUCUGGGUGCCUUUGAAAACUGCAGGGGUUGUGUGUGUCGGCAAGGCGUGAGAGACUGCUGGCGUUCGGAACAUGCAGCCUCUCAAGACUUCCAGCAAGGCAUCCUCUCCAUCAGGGGUGGGCACCUUGUGGGCCUCCAGAUGUUUUGGCCUACAACUCCCAUCAGCCCUGGCCAGUAUAACCAAGGAUGAGGGAUCAUGGAAGUUCUAGGCCAAAAACAUCUGGAAUUGUCCAUCCUGAUCCAGCUGCUUCCAAGUAUCUCUUCACAACAAUGAGGGACAGAAACUUGCUUUAAAAACAAAAGCGGUGGAUUCUUUAGUCUCUGCCACAUUCUUCGGCUACUCUGCUCUCCAGGAGCAAACACACAGCCCUGCAAAUGCCGCAGCAGGUCUGAAAGCUCUUGGUGCCGAGUGUGG